GUCUAGUGGACGAGUUCUUCGCUAAUUGAUAUUAGUAAUUAAUAAGUUAUAGCAAAACCAUUCAAUAGUCUGAAAUGAGUUUUCUAUGCCUCUAGUAGGGGUUACAGUGAUAAAAAUUAUUAAAAUCUGCGAUUAGAACGCUUAAGGAAUAAGUAUGAAAGUUGUACAACUGAGUGUAUUUUUUACAAUAGUAUUACUCCAGUUGGGAUAUGGUCAAGACGUGCCGCCUCUACCGGAAGGCAGUGGUUUCAACGAUCAGCAAAACUCAACACCAUCGCUAACAGAUGACUACGUCAAUUGUCCUCCCGGUGAUGCCGACAAUCCAGAAUUAUCGAUGAUGGGAGAUGCGGAAACGGACGAUCCAAAUUACAACUAUGAUUACGACGACAUCUUCAUAGUUCCUAAGGUGGCCGAUGUCGAGAGGGAAGACGCGCGUUCGGUUGAAAAUGCGACGGUUGAAGAAUCGCUGGAAAGUUUGUCCGAUCGAUUGCAGGAAACUGUAUUUGUAUCAGAGCCGACCGCAAUCGAUGACAGUGAUGGUAGCGGAGAAGUCGAUGAAGAUUUUGGAACCUACGCACUGAUAAAAUCUCCUAGGAUCUACAGUCUACCAGACUCGGAACCUUUGGUGGCUAGAGUCGCUGCCUUUACCGAUGAGCAUCCCGAAGAAAUCGUAUUGACAUCCCCAAAUUAUCCUCAACCGUAUCCGAAUAUGGUUAACAGCUUUGAAAACUUCACGGUCACUGGAGGAAUCGGUGUUCAGGUGACGAUCCACAAAAUAGAUCUUGACCAUGUAUCCGAUUUCCUGUACAUCCGAGGCGGAUCGAUCAAUGACAACGACGAAAAGGGUCCAGUUUUGACAGGAAACAUAACUGAACCAAUCCGGUUUCUCAUCCCUCACACCACUACCUUCUCCGUUCAUUUCGUAUCCCAGCACAACGAAACGGAUUCGCAGACCCACGCAGGCUUUCUGCUAACAUAUGCUCCAUUCGGAACCGUUGUCUCACCGACUACUCCAUCGACUACGGAAAUGAUUGUUCCACGGGAGGAACUGCAGUGGCUUCGCAAGGAGAUCUCUAUCAGUCGAACGAUGCUAGUUUCCGUAGAAACGUGGCCCAUCAUUAAGACGGCGCUGGUGAACGCAUCCAAUGCUUUUAUCGAGGAGCACCAGCUCAAGUACAAAGCAAGUCGUCUUGAGGACAUUCGGAUCUUAGCGCAAAAGUGUCCGGACACGUGGCCAAGCUAUGAAGAGUGCGUUAGUUUGGAGUUUGCUGUGCCGCUUCGUCCACUUGCCCCGCCGAUCGAGGAAGAACCGGAAGGUUUCGGCGUGGAUGCCAAGGGUAAGCUAGCUGGGAAGGGAUAUAUUGCACUGACUACCACCGAGGUGCCGGAAGUGGAGUAUGAACUGUCUCUAGCGAAUCUGGAACGAAUGUGGGCCGAAUUCGGAGCAAUGGCACUGGCCGAACAGGGUAUUGAGGUGUACCAAAUGCCGGAGAGUGAGUCCGUGUUGCUGAUUUGGAUAGCUAUUAGCUUGUGUAUAUUGGCGGCGUUUAUCUUCGUACUGUACAGUAUUUGGAAGAUCGAUUUCUUCAAGGAUUAUAGAAGGAUUUCCCGUUUGAGCCGAGAAGCACCGGACGAUGAUCGAAAUGAGCUGAAGAAAAAAGAAUUCGAUAUUUCGAUGUUCCCAUCGCCUCACCAGAUUGUACCCAGCCUGUUCCCAACUGGAGAUCCAUACAACGACCGAGGUCCGGAAGCACAAUAUGCCUACGAUAAUUCUACCAUGAAUCCUUGGCCUGAAGAGGCAGAUGAUCUCCAAUUCAAUACAUUACAUCAGAGUUUUGCUCCCCGAAGUCCACAUCAGCAACAGGGGUUCGAACCGCUUUCUCCCGCAACGCCGGAAUACUCGCACGAUAUUGUCGAUUUCAAUGAAGGACCCGGCUCACAAUCGCCGGUAAGGAACCGUACAAAUCCCUUUUUACCACUCAGUACCAGCAGCAGUGAUGGUUUCAAUCAGCCCAGAUCAUGAACGUGAAGAGCAAUUGUGGGAAAUAAUUGGCAAAACUUACAUUAGUAUUCAACUAACAGAGAUAAAACAAUAAAAACUCAUCACGUAAAAACGAAAA